GAAGAUGGAGGAAGGGGCUUGCAAGCCUGACAUAGUUAUUUAUAACACGAUUAUCGACAGUCUUUGCAAAGAUACUCUAGUUGCCGAUGGACUGAACCUCUUCUCAGAAAUGAAGAGUAAGGGUAUUGCCCCAGAUGUCAUGACCUAUAACUCUUUGAUUCAUGGAGUUUGCAAAUUACAGGAUUGGAAAGAAGUCACAAGAUUGUUGAAUGAAAUGGUGAGUAAACAUAUAUUUUCAGAUGUGUACACCUUUAAUGUCUUGGUUGACACAUUUUGUAAGGAGGGGAUGGUCCAGGAAGCAAGGAGCAUAGUCGAAAUGAAGACGCAAAGAGAUAUCAAACCUGAUACUAUUAUGUACAACACGCUUAUAGAUGGUUGCUGUUUGCGAGGAGAAAUGGACGAGGCGAAAAAGGUUUUUGACGUAAUGCUUAGGAAAGGGUGCAUGGUCGAUGCUCGUAGUUAUAACAUAUUGAUAAAUGGCUAUUGUAAGCUUAAGAGGAUAGAUGAUGCCCGGAUGCUUUUUCUGGAAAUGUGUCAUAGGGGAAUUGUUCCAAAUUUGGUUACUUAUAACACUCUUAUUGAUGGGUUUUGCAAGAUGGGAAGAAUACAAGAUGCACAUAACUUGUUCUCUCAAAUGCAAGCUUUCGGCCAACGUCCAGAUAUUCAUACUUAUUCUAUUUUACUGGAUGGCCUUUGUAAAAAACAACAAUUUCCCAAGGCAGUUGAAUUGUUGGAAGAGAUGGAGGGAAGGAAGUUGGAUUUUAAUAUUGUAACUUCCAGUAUUCUUAUUGAAGGUUUGUGCAUAGCUAAAAAAGUUGAAUUUGCGUGGGAUCUCCUUUGUAGUUUAUCAAUAAGAGGAAUUCAACCUGAUGUCAGGACAUAUACCAUAAUGAUCAAUGGAUUUUGUAAUGGGGGGCUAACAUUUGAAGCAGAAAACUUGCUUAGAAAAAUGGAAGAGAAAGGUUGUUCUCCAGAUGGUUGCACGUACAACACAAUUAUCUGUGGGUUAAUCAAUAACAACGAGACGUCAAGGGCAGUGAGGCUUAUUGAAGAAAUGGUGGAGAGGGGUUUUUCUGCAGAUGCAUCAACUACAGAGUUGGUCAUUAAUUUAUUGUCUAAAGAUAAAGUAGAUCCCGCUUUGUUAGCAUUUAUAGAAAGACCUUGUUGA